GCUGGUGCUCAGACCGUGUCUGUUUCUCCUCUCUCAGGAAAAAUCCGUAAAGUUUGAACACUAAAAGAAAAAAAAAAAAGAGUUAAACUCAUGAAAGAAACCGGGCGAAGGAGCGAGCGUAGGUCGAACUCGUGUCAGUGUUUUCUUUUUCGCUGUAUGUGUGGGGUUUUUUAAAGACUUCAGAGUAGUUUGGGUUUUGUAAAGCGACUUUCCAGCUCUCUGGGAUUGUCUCUCAACGCGAAGUUCCCGAGAUGAACUUCGAUCCGGUGGUCGGGAAACUUCAUACCUUGACGAUGCAGGUGAAGGUGGCAGCACUCUUCAUCUGGGUUGUGUGUCGUGCAGCAGAACCUCCAGCAGCUCAGUGGUCCAAUGAAGCAUACGUAAACCGAACACUUCGACUACACAAAUCCUGCGUGGAGAAUGAACAGUACUUGCACCAGGGACUCUGCUGCCUCAAUUGCAAUGCUGGAACAUAUGUGCAUCAGCCCUGUGAAAGAGACCUAGAACUCGGGAUCUGUCUUUCAUGUGAACAUGGACAGACCCACACAGAGCACAACAACGGGAUGUUCCGCUGCUUGCCGUGUACUCACUGCCGCUCAGAUCAGGAGGAAAUUGCUUCCUGCACCACAACUGCAGACACCAAGUGCCAGUGCAAACCGAAUACCUUCUGUGUUCCGGACCAGGCCUGCGAAGUCUGCAAGCGCUGUGCCAAGUGUAAACCUCAUGAGGAGGAGGUAAAAAAGUGCACACCAUUUUCUAACACAGUGUGCCGAAAACGCCCUCUGUCCCCCACACGAAUCACUCCGUCACUUUCGCCCACGUCGGAUCCUCCGACGAGCAUCGUUGUACCUCUGUGCAUUUUCCUGGCCAUCGUUAUCAUCAUCGUUAUCGCACUGGCUCUGUGGUGGUUCAUUUUCAAGCAGCGUUCAUGUGAAAUACCAUGCUUGAAGCUCCACUGCGAGUCCAGUGAAAUUGUCAAGAUUCCCAUUGAUGAGAGUGGAGCCACAGCAGAGGAGCGACAGAAUGAUCAAAACGCGGGUCUGGAGGGCGAGGAGUCCCGCCCAGACUCAAGGCCGCUCCUGCAGGAGACCCAAGCUGGGAUGACCAAGGCCUCCCCGCCCCUCGAAGAUGAAGACCGAGGAUUAGGGGACAGCUUGCCCAACACCACUAGUUCCUCUCAAACUAGCCUGUCAGCCCUUCCCACGGCGGUUUCCAACACCCCACACCAGAGCCCCGCUACCUUCAGACAGCUGCCUGCAGAUCUGGAUGAUCCUCUGCGAUGUCGACUGGUGCCACUACAAGGGUCUGAAAAAUCCCUGAGGAAGAGCUUCGAUUUGUUCGACGAGUACUUGGACGUGCGGAUCCACAACAAGUUCUUCAGAAUGAUUGGAGUCAGUGACAACCACAUUCGGCUUGCGGAGAGCGGCACUUCCAGCGAUAAAGUGUAUGAACUGCUGAAGAACUGGAUGCAGAGGCAGGGACUCCGAGCCGACAUCAACGACCUGCUAGACACUUUGCUGACUAUGGACCAGCGACGUUCAGCCGAGAGCAUCGCCUCCGAAGCCCUCCGAAGGGGCUACUACAAACACGCAGACACGCCCUGAAAAGCAGCGGGGACUUCAAAUGAAGUAAACACGAAGUACUUAAUACAAAAAGAAAGCACACAGACACUGCCGGUGGACGCUGUGUCUCAUGAACAGGCUUACCUCUUUUGUGGCUGAUCGGCCACGUAUUCAAAAGCCAGUAGUUUAAAAAAAAAAAAAGAAAAAAAAGAUAAAAGCAAAAAAGGGGAAAGUCGAGCUGUAUUGAUGAACGGUCCGAGGAUGCUAACCUCUUGCCAAAUGCUGAAGCGUAACCAUGGAAACAAAAAGCCUGGUGUGACAAUUUGUAAUUUUUUUUUUUUUUUUUAAAAGAGCACAAGAACAUGAAGUUGUCAUCUUCCGCAGGCGCUGCGGCUGCAUGGUUUAAGCUGUAGAGAAGCGUAGCCAAGUACUGAAAGCUAAGACGUUUCUGGCUUUGUGCUGGUCAUCCGCCCGGAUGCUAACACACUAGCGCGAGACAAGGAUAUAUACACUGGUUUGUAGGAGUGGCAUUAGCUAUGUCACAAAUACUGUGCCUCAUCGAUGCACUGACCUCAGGCACAUGUAGGAUUUAAAGCAAAAAAGUCUCGCUCUGUCAGUUGUGCUGAUUUCAACUUCUGUAUAUUAGUCCAUGAACACUUUUCCGACUAAUGAUUGGAAGAUAGCCUCCGUUUGUUAUAACAAAGGUUAACUUGCAUCCUUACUAAUCACAAGCUUGACCUUUGCUGCGCUGUCUGAAUACCUACAUUUACUUAGGUGUCUUUUUGUAUGCGAUUUUGUUAUUGUUUUCUACGACCUGGUCACAUCAGAAAUAGCCGUCCUCGUUGUCAUUCAGUCCUGUUCAGUGUUACUACUCACACACGACACUGAAGAAGGAAUUUCACCAGCUCUUUCUGCUGGGACGACGAUGAGUAGCUUAGUAAAAAAAAAAGUGUGUCCUUGUAACUUGGAGAAUUUCAAAAGGUCAUUUUAUUUAUUGAUAUAUUUAUUGUAAUAAAUAAAUAGUUAUCUCUUAUUGUUUAAUGCCAUUGCCAAAGUGACCCCUGGAAUACACACGCAGUAUUAGUGCUGUCGGGGUUUGUAGCACCAGGGCAAAAUGACUGAAAACAAAUGUUUCAGGUUGUAGUUUCAGCUCGUAGUGUUUUCUUAGAAUCCGUUCGGCUGCGGGCGUGUCAGUGAUUCGGUGCCAUUUCUUCCACUGAGGCCGCGUUGGGCACGUUGUCGAAGCUUCCGUGAUGCCCAACGCUGAAUGCGUCUUUUCAAAUUGGACUUUGAGUGAGCCGACUGACCAAAUAGUCCCUUCAUAUCAGCAGUGACGCAGGGUGCAGGUACGGAUUGUUUUGUCUCACUUAGAUUCAGACAAGAUGAAGGAAACCUUUUCUGGAUUCAAAAAGAAGACGCCUCCCCCCCAAUUUUCUCGCAUGUAUAUGUGUAGAGAGCAUAGAAGUCUCACAAACUAUAUAUAUGUAUAUAUGCAACUAUAUUAACAGACUAAAAUGAAUAUAGUGACGUAUGAAGUUAUUGAGGAUAAAAAAAAAACUAUUUUUAACUAGAUUUUGUUUCGCCCAUUUUUCUGCAGUUCCUCAUGUAUAAAGAAAAGAGUUACAGAGUUAUAUAUUGUUGCUAAAGAAUGAUGCUACAGUGCUGGCACUGCCAUCUACUGAAAGACAAUGAAAAUACAGCCUGCAUCAAUUUCUAGGGACCCUGUACGCCCUUUUCAUGCUCCAUUUGGAUCCAGUUUUUUCACCUGAUAGCAUUUUAGUUCAUUUUUUAAUCCCCCUUAGCCUUUCCUGGUGUUGUAUAGCAGUGAAUAGGCUUCAGUGCAUGUUUUGUUUACUUAGACAAAUCAUGUUUUUGUAAUAUUUCUGUGGUUUUACAUAUUUCAUUGCAAUUCCUAAGCUGUUCACAUAACUUCCUUUUACUUGUAUAAAAAAACUCUUCUGUUCAUGAUUUCCAUUAAGCCAUGUCUCCUUAGUUAUUGUUUGCUCGUCGUGGAUUUCAGAUAUGAAUGAUGCAAAUACAUCAAAGCUGUUUUUAUGUCUAUUUCAAAUAAAUGUUUUGUACAGACA